AUAAACAAACCACAGCGAUCACGGCGAUAAGCAGAGGCUCGUGCGUCGAGAGAGUGUUUCAAAAGAACUCUCGCUAAUAUUGUUGAGUAGGAUAAAGGAAAGACAAAACGUUUUUGAAAUUCUGGCGUUUGACAAACGUAAACUAUCCUCGCAUGUACAGGUCUUUUUACAGGGGAAGCUUUUGUGCAGCGUGAAAGUACAACCUGCUGAAGAACGCUUCAUUUAAAUGAAAGUUUGCAGAAAGACAAAUUGAGAAGUGGGGAAAACGUCGUCAGUGAGAAAUACAGGCUGAUGUCAGAUAUGGAGUGUGAGUUACUGGCGUAACUAAGUACGCGGAAAAAUGGAAGAAACGAAACGAAACGAGCGGACGUUGAUUCCAGAGAAGCUCGAAUUCCUUGGCCACAGAGGCGAUGGCGGUUACACGGCAGGUCGCAAGCAAUGGGCUUGGAAGGCGAAACUCCACGUCAUGCUAUCAUGUUGCGCUGUUUCGUUGGCAUUGUUUAUUCUUGCUGUCUUCCUGAUAAAGCACAACUUGAGAUUCGAAGUAGAUCACAAACCCUCAACGGAGAUAGCUCAUGUGUCGCUGCAGUUUUGUGGAAAUCACUCUGGGCGUGGCUGUGCAGGUGAAAGUUGUUCAUUGUCUCGCAUCAGACGCAUUGUUGAUGGAGUGAUAUCGCCGGACGGCUCAUGGCCAUGGAUGGCUGAAAUCAUUUAUUCUAAUAAGCACUAUUGCGGUGCUGUUCUAAUCUCAAAGAACGUAGUCAUGACAGCAGCACAUUGUCUCUAUCGCCACGAAGAGAGGCUUUACGAAGCUGACUUAAAAAUAAGACUUGGGAGCCAUAAAAAACUAGAUACAAGUCGAACAACACAAACUCUCAAAAUAGCAGACAUUCACAUUCACCCAGCCUUCGAACUUUCAACACUACGCAAUGACAUUGCUUUAAUACGCUUAAAGACGCAUGUAAAUCUCACCAAAUCAGUAUGGCCGAUCUGUCUUUCUGCUAGAAAGAGUAUUGAAAAGACAGCGAACGCAGUUAUGAUUGGUAAGACAGCAUGUUUUCAGUGGAGGCUUCAAUUUCGUGAGACCGGUCUGCUGGUUUUUAUUACAGGUGAAAGUUGUUCAUUGUCUCGCAUCAGACGCAUUGUUGAUGGAGUGAUAUCGCCGGACGGCUCAUGGCCAUGGAUGGCUGAAAUCAUUUAUUCUAAUAAGCACUAUUGCGGUGCUGUUCUAAUCUCAAAGAACGUAGUCAUGACAGCAGCACAUUGUCUCUAUCGCCACGAAGAGAGGCUUUACGAAGCUGACUUAAAAAUAAGACUUGGGAGCCAUAAAAAACUAGAUACAAGUCGAACAACACAAACUCUCAAAAUAGCAGACAUUCACAUUCACCCAGCCUUCGAACUUUCAACACUACGCAAUGACAUUGCUUUAAUACACCUAAAGACGCAUGUAAAUCUCACCAAAUCAGUAUGGCCGAUCUGUCUUUCUGCUAGAAAGAGUAUUGAAAAGACAGCGAACGCAGUUAUGAUUGGUUGGGGAAAGACAAGUUUUAACGGACAUUUUUCACAAAUGCUACGGGAGGCGUCUGUGCCCGUUGUACCGAUCUCAAAAUGCACCGAAGCAAAUAAAGAUUUAUUCGAAAAUGUCAGAGUUAGAAAAGAAAAUCAUAUAUGUGUUGGAUAUGGCAGAGCAAGCCCUGAAAAUGGCUGUAAGGGGGACAGUGGCGGCCCGCUAAUGAUCGAAGCGAGCAGUGGCCGUUGGUUGUUAAUUGGUGUCAUGAGUUGGGGAGACCCAAACUGUUCAUCUCAAAGAACUAAUAGCUACACAGUAUUUACGAAUGUUUUGCUAUAUCGAGAGUGGAUCGAGAAAAUGUUAGUAAAUGCUAUGUGAUAUAUUAAUUGUUAUGUUUGUGAUCGUGUAGAGUAGAGAUUUCAAUAGAUUUAGUAUUCAAGUUCAUCAGAGUAGGUUUAAUUUGAAAAACGUUUUUUUUGUAUGAUAUGUGUUCAUAAAAUGUAUAUGUGCAAACACACAAUUUGUGUUUGCUUUAAUAAUCGACCUCUUUAUGUUUAUAUGUCUUUGCUUGGGCUAAGGUUAAAGCUCGGGGGUUACUGCCAUUUAGGCCUGACAGAGGGUCCAGUCGGUGAGGGUCUGACCAAAUGGCUACGAAAUAGCUACCAAGUGGCCCAGUUUCGAUAAUAACACAACGGCUUAGUUUAGCUUGCGAUUUAUUAUUGGUAAUUAACAUAACUUUAACAAUAUCUUUACCGAAUUAACAACAGUCAUUGACAAAGAAAUUUGUCAAAGAAGGACGAGGCGCUCACAAAGAAAUGGAUGCUACCAAGGACAUAAUUUCGGUCCUUAUGCUACCAUUUGAGGGUUAUUGUCAAGAAAGACUACCAUUUGAGGGUAAUUUUUUAACGUUUUAGCUUUGACCCUCUAUGAAACUGACUGGACCCUCCUGUUAGGCCAUAAUGGUUAAAAGAAUAACAUUGGUCAAAUCAAAACU